UAGGCGAAUAAAAUACCUUGAAAAGAUGAAGUCUAGCAUUCGAGCAGUCACGCAUCUAGAUAUCAAUAUAACCCAUUUAUAUGAAAUUGCAAACCCAUUUAAUUGCAAUACAAAUUUUAAUUUUUAUUUUGUGUACUUUACAACUACCACCCUUUUAAGAGGCUUCACCUUGACGUUUAUGUCAAAACACUUGCAUGAAUGUUGACAAUUAAUUUAAUUAAAACUCAGAAAACAAAAAAGAAUGUGCUCUAGUCCGACGAAUUUUACAAUUAAGGAGGACUCUUCCGACAGCAACAUUGACCCAGAAGCGCUGUGUAAUGACCUCAUCGGCAACAUUUUAAAGGAGUACCCUAAAAGAGGAAUCCGUGAAGAGUCCGAAUCCCUUUCAUCCUCACUGGUAGGUCUUCCAUUGAGAAAAUGCAAGAGUAGCGUAGACCGUCGUCUGGAGUAUUGGAAAAAUAUGCUCAUCCAACGGCGGAAGCUGCAAGAAAAACUUCGGAAGGAAACGGGAAGAUCUCCAAAUCAGUUAAUAUUUACUCGUGAGAAUGGAAUAGUGAAACUGUCGGUAAAAGGCUUCGCAGAGGUAGUGGGACUACCGAAACAUUCAGGUGCUAAACUCUCUCUCUCUAAGAAGAAUUGUUUGGCAGAGUCACUUCCGAAUAUCUGUAACCUGGAGGUGGUCGGGAGAAGCUACAAGGAGUGUCAGAAGGCACUGAUCACUGUUCCAAGCCUCAAAACCACUAUUAAGUCUGAUGAAAGGUCGAGCGGCGGAGACGAGGUCGUGCAAUCGAUUCAGCCAACCCAACAACCGACGAGUGGUCCGGGGGUUCGUAUCAACGGAGUCCACUACUGGCCACGCGUUCCGGAGUUCUCACCAGUUGUUGAUCGGACCUUCACCUGCAAUCCCUUCCUUCGCCACCUGCGCACCAUCGUUCGAAUCGAAAACUGCGGCAGCCAGAAGCUGCACCUCAGCUGGCACCAGGUGAACUACUUUUCGAACAAUGACACCCUCAUGGAAACCGAGCCAGGAGACUUUGUGUUCGACGUUGGCCCCUUUGUACUUUUUCCAGGCGAAUUCCGAGAUGUCACGGUUCUCUAUCAACCGAGGUUCGUGGCGAUUGUAAAGCAACGCUGGCUGCUCUGCACCAAGCCACGAAUCUUCUUCUGCCGUCCAUUUGGCUUCACCUUGAACCUGAAUGGUCGCUGCACUCCACCCAAGGAAUACCUGGACCGUCUGGAUAUGGAGAAGAUACAGAUGAUGCCUUCUGAGCCUCAAGCUUAUAAGGUGAAGCCGAUUUCUUUCUUAUGUCCAUAUGAAAGGGAGCUUGAGGAGCGGGAAGUUUUCAACCGACGAAACAGAGGUUUCCGAUGCCGAAGGUACGAAGAUUUGGAGCGACUGAAGGCCUUUUCCAAGAAAAUGAAGUGCCCGUCAUCAAAUCCUUUCCCUUGGGACUACAGUGUGCACUCGCUCUUCCACCUGAUUAGUUGUGAUCAGGACACUGGGAAGCGUAUUCAGAACUUAUCAGAACUGACCCAGUUGCUCGACGACUUGCGUGGCCCAUCUCAGGUGCCAUUCUGCAGAGCUGAUUCACUUCUAAGAUUAAAGAAACGCUUCAACGCAAAGGUAAUUUAUGUGCGAGGAAUGCUCGCCAGUAGAUUGAAGGAAUGGGAAGAAAGGGUGCAUUGGCUUAGAUCAAGAACUACUAGAGGAGGCAACAAGGAAAGAAAGUUUUUCCUCGACUCCAUCUACAUCCACUUGUACGGACUGAUCUGCAGUGCGGUUGAGGAUGUUGUGUCGGUGAUCGAGAGCACAGCACAGAUUUAGCUGUCCUAAAC